AUUAUGAGCUUCUGGGGCCCAGUCUGAUCCCGAGAACGUCGGUCUUUUUUACUUACCUAAAGCAGGAGCGCUGCUAUUCGUUUCAGGACUGCACAAAAAUGAAGGCCGCUCUUCUCGUUCUCAUCCUCCUCCCACUGGCGUGUGGUAGCAUCCUUGACACGUUCAAGCACCUGUUCAAUACAAAUGAGCUGAAGAGUGUUGUCACGAAGAUUGUCCAUGCCGUGGGAACUGACGCCACUGAGCAUGCGUGUGAGGGCGCCUGUCACACGGCACUUCGCGGGCAUAUCAUUUUAGUCCAUUCGUGUCCACUCGUGUGCAAAUCAUUCCAAGAGCUCGUCCACAUGUUCCAUCUUCGUUAAGACUUGGAGAAUGUUCUUUUGUCCCGUUGAACGGAAUAAAGAUGUGACAAGUU